AUGCUGCCACGCUUCCCCAAUGACAUGCCUGCUGUGGGCUACAGCCGCGGUCUCUGGGGGCAUGUGAGAAGCAACAUUUCCUACCUUUUACACCAGAGAGACUGGAUCAAAGAAGGUUACAUCAAGUACGGCAAAAGGGGUCUUCCCUUCCUCGUGCCGGCGGGCUUAUCCCGGCCUCCCGACGUCGUGCUCCCUCGAAGCAUGCUCCCGUGGCUACUGGAGCAGCCCGAGAGUGCCGUGGAUGCGCACGCGGCGCACAAUGAAAUCAUAUACGGUGACUACAACUUCCUGGUGCCGUCGGUCGUGCGCGACUCAUUUGGCAGCCGUGCCAUCACCAAGUGGCUGAACCGCAGCUUGCCGGGUUUGAUCCCGGCCAUUGAGGCCGAGGUCCGACACGCGGUGGAGCGGGCGCUGGCUCACGUCGGCGCCGAUUGGACGAGCGUCAAGCUAUGGGAUUUCUGGCUGGCCAUAGUACCGCCCGUGACGAACCGCAUCCUGGCCGGCGCCGACAUCUGCCGCGACGAGCGCUAUCUCGACGCCGUCGUCAGCUUCACACACGCCGUCCUGCGCAACUGCAUAUUGCUACGCAUGUGCCCGGCUGUCUUGCACCCCGUCGUCGGCCGGCUGCUGGCCAUGGCCAACUGGCGGGACUGGCGCCGCGCUGAUAAGCUACUCCGGCCCAUUGUAGAGCAGCGGGUUGAGGAUAUGACGUCCAAGGCCCGGGACUGGCAGCCGCCCGAGGAUCUCAUUACCUGGCUGAUUCGCCAAGCCUUGGCCGAGGGCCGCACGGGCGAGCUUGACCCGGAGAUCAUCUCGAUGCGACUCCUGCCGCUCGAGUUUGCGUCCAUCGACACAACCGUUCUAACCGGCCUCCUUUGGACCCUGGACCUGCUGUCGUCCUCGCCGUCGGUUCUCGCCACUCUUACCGGCGAGCUGCACGCCCAUCAGCCCGCUCCGGGUUCCCCAUGGUCCAAGGCGGCGUUACUGUCCCUCGUCCGCGUCGAUUCGUCCAUCCGCGAGUCACAGCGGCUGAGCAACUUUCACUCGACGCUCAUCGAACGCGUGAUAAUCCCCUCUGGUGGUCUGCGUCUCCAUGUACCCGGCCAUGACUGGAUCCUCCCCAGAGGUGCCCACCUGACGGUAAACCUCGACGGCCUCCAUCAUGACGAAGAUGUUUACGACGACGCAAGAACUUACGAUGCUCUGCGUUUUUCGAGGAUCCGCGAAAGCCGGGGUGAGCGUUGUAGCGAUACCGACGCCGGCACCGGCGUUGGAGGCGCGACCCUUCCGCUAGGCAUGGUAUCAAUGAACGACACACACUUUUCCUUUGGCCAUGGACGGUUUAUAUGUCCCGGGCGUUUCUUUGUAGCGCACGAGCUCCGGCUCAUUGCCGCCGAGCUACUGCUCAAGUACGAGUUCAAGAUGCUUAACGAGCCUCCGCGUCGGCGGUGGAUCGGCUCGGGCAUGGUUCCGCCGUUUAGGGCACGCAUUGAGAUACGCAGAAAGCGACCAGCUAAUAGUUAA